GCAAGAGAGUGCACAAUACAAUUGCGAACAACAAGUAUAUAGAGCAUGCAAGGAACAUCUUGAGAAGCAUUCCUAUUUAGGCAACAAGCCAUCGUGAUUGCUGAAGAAAAGGUCUAGGUCGUGGAAAGAACCACCCUCUGUUCCCUUUCGCCGCCAUUGGUCCUGUGGGCAAGCUUGUGUUGCGUAGAUUCAUAGCCACUGCCCUGAGGACUUUCUUGCUUGACACAGAGCUAGUUCGGUGGUGUGAUCAUCAUCUCUUCACAUUGGUCGACAAACGAAGUAGAGAACAAAGUUAAUUGUUGUCGUCAUCAUGAAUUUCCUAUCGGGCGCGUUCGGACCGACCUGCACUAUCUCGAUCGACUUCUCGGAUGCGGAUACGCGCAAGCAAGCGAGCGUGAAGAAGGAGAAUGGACAGACUGAGCUUGUGGCCCUCUUUCAGGGGGGUGAGAGUUUGGUCGGCAAUGUGCGAAUUGAACCCUUGCCGGGCAAGAAGGUGGAGCACACAGGGGUUAAGAUCGAGCUUCUGGGACAGAUCGAGCUUUAUUUUGACAGGAGCAAUUUCUACGACUUCACAAGUCUUGUGCGCGAAAUGGAUACCCCGGGAGAGAUCACCGACAAGAAGAUAUAUCCCUUCGAGUUUUCCAAUGUCGAGAUGCAGUACGAGUCCUACAAUGGGGUUAAUGUGAGACUGAGGUACAUUCUGAAGGUGACAAUCAGCAGGAGUUAUGCCACAAACAUCGUGAAGGAGAAGGAUUUUUGGGUGCGCAAUGUGUCCCCUUUGCCGGAGAUCAACAACAGCAUAAAGAUGGAAGUGGGUAUAGAGGAUUGCUUGCACAUCGAGUUCGAGUACAGCAAAUCCAAGUACCAUCUGAAAGACGUCAUCGUCGGCAAAAUCUACUUCCUGCUCGUCAGAAUAAAGAUCAAGCACAUGGAGCUAGAGGUGCGCAGGCGGGAAUCGACCGGGUCGGUGCCCAACGCCUACCACGAGAGCGAAACGCUGGCCAAGUACGAGAUCAUGGACGGCGCGCCUGUCAGAGGAGAGUCCAUACCCAUCCGCCUGUUCCUCAGCCCCUAUGAGCUGACACCGACUUACAGAAACAUCAAUAACAAGUUCAAUGUUCGGUACUACCUCAAUCUGGUCCUUGUCGACGAGGAGGACCGGCGGUACUUCAAACAGCAAGAGAUCACCCUCUAUCGCGCAGAGUGACAACAGUCUUCUUGAUAUAUUCCCAUUCACCAGUCCAAUUUCUGUGCUUCGCAUCCGUCAUGCCGGAUCGAGCGAGCCAGUACUUCAUCGUUUUUUCAGACGUCUUUAGAGACAAAAAGAGCAGGGAGGGGGAGGCACUACCCCAACCUUGUGCUUGUCGACGAGGAGGGAGGAUCGUUGGGUACAUCAAGCAGCAAGAGCUUGCCCUCUAUACCCUCUAUCGGGCGGAGUGACAACAGCGUUAACCAGUUUCUAUAUUCUCAUGCCUAUUCUGUGCUUUGCAUCCGGCAUGUGGGAUCGAGCCAGUGGCCUUCGGAGAAAGGGCAAGAGAUUACCCUCUAUCGGGUGGAGGUACAACAGCAUUACCCAAUUCUAUAUUCUCAUGCUUAGUCUGUUGUGCUUUGCAUCCGGCAUGUGAGCCAGUGACCCUCGGCGAAAGAGCAAGGGAUUACUCUCUAUCGGGUGGAGGUACGACAUCAUUAACCGGUUCUAUAUUCUCAUGCGUGUAUUCUGUGCUUUGGAUCCGGCAUGUGGUGGGAUCGAGCCAGUGGCCUUCGGAGAAAGAGCAGGGAGUCAAAACAAGUGAUUACCCUCAAUCGGGCGGAGUGACAGCAGCGCGAACCGGUUCUAUAUUCUCGUGCCCUAGUCUUUGCUUUGCAUCCGGCAUGUGGGAUUGAGCCAGUGGCCUUANUGCCCUAGUCUUUGCUUUGCAUCCGGCAUGUGGGAUUGAGCCAGUGGCCUUAGGAGACAUAGAUUACCCGCUAUCGGGCGGAGUGACAGCAGCGUUAACCGGUUCUAUAUUCUCAAGCGUGUUCUGUGCUUUUCAUCCGGCAUGUGGGAUUGAGCAAGUGACCUUGGGAGGAGAGUAAGAGCAGCGAGGCGAAGAAGACUGACUCGUGGAGGAAAAGAAGGUGAGAGGGAAACACAAUUUCAGUGGUCGGUACUACCGUAAUCAGGCAUGUGGGAUGCAGCCAGCGACUUUCUGCUUGUCGACGUGGAGGGGAUCGGCAAUACUUCAAGCAGCAAGAGAUCACACCCCCUUAAUCAGGCAUGUGGGAGAGAGCCAGUGAGUGACCUUAUGCUUGUCGACACGGAGUGAUAUGGCAGUGUUAACGAGUUUUAUUCCCAUUUAUAUUCUGAGCUUUGCAUCCGUCAUGCAGGAUCGAGCCAGUACUUCAUCAUCUUAGAGCUCUAGAGAAAGAGCAGGGAGAGGCAGACUGGUGAAGGAAAGGAGGAGAGGUGGGAGGAGCCUGAUAGAGAGAGGAAAGUAGGAGGUGGAUUUAAUGAUAGCAGGAAGGAAGCUGAGGUUGAGAGAGUAUACUCACACUAGCUUUAUCUUAAAUGUACUGGUCCGCAUUUACCGUCAGACCUGGAUGCAUCUGACUGCAAUCACGGUCCUAUAAAUAAGUAAAAAAGUCCUCUUGUGAGUAUAUGCCCUGAUUGAUGGAUGCUUUUGCAGUCUGCAUGGUUUGCUCAGCUGCAUGCCCGCCUGCUCUUCUCCCUUGUUGGGACUUAGAGACGGCGGUCUUGUUUGUGUGUUGGUCUGCUGCACUGCAGAGUGCAGUAGGGGAGAGGGAAGGGGAGGGGAGGGGAGGGGAGGGGAGGGAAGGCAAGUUGCUCCCCCUUUUUUUUUUGGAUAGACUCAACCUGCUUCUAGGAUCGUACGACCGUAGUGUGUUUGCGUUGAUAAGUACUUAUUUGCAGCGGCUAUGGUGGCGUGUCACUAGUACCUAGUACUUAUUUGCAGGGGCUAUGGUGGCGUUGGGCCAUGUCCCUUGUCCCUUGCCCGUAGCGAUUUGCCAGUAGUACUUGUGUCGCACACCACUGUGUUGAAAUGUAAGUUGGUAUGGAUCUCUAACCAUGCAUGUGACUCCGUUCGUUUCAUAGUCUAUCUCUGCGUAUGGGCUUUUGCAUGCGUGUUUUUUUUUUGUGCGGACGACUGUGGCUUUCAUUUUUUAUUCGUUUAGAACCUUUUUCUGUGACAACAACAAUGAGAGUCUCAAGAAGAUAAUAAAUGUAACUAGACAAG